UCGCAGGUGUUUGGACUCACUUUUUCUGCUCAUUACCUUAUUAAACGGUGUGUUGUGUUGUUUGUUUGUUUGUUGUAAUUGUACAAACCCACACCCCACCGACGACAACGGGUGAGGAAAGAAAAGUGUGCAAGUGAAAUCUUGGGAGAAUUGUUGUUACCCUGAAGUCGCUGCCAGUGUCGAUGUAAAGAGUUGAAAAUCUAGCAAGUGAAAAAAAACAGGUGGCAGCAACCCGCGAGCCAGGCAGAAAAAAAGAUCAAGAGCCCCAUUAGAAAGCUCAACCUACGGCCCCCGCAACUGCCCGAAAAAUGUCCAGCCAACCGAAGAUGGCCUCCGAGGUGGGAGCCGCCGAGCAGUACGAAAUGGAGCAGCUAGCCGAAGCGGAAACCCAACGACUGCAGAAACUGCUCCGUACGCUGGAAAUCGAACGGGCCAGUUUUCUCGAUUCAAAAAAUAAAGCCCUUCGAAAGUACCGCGCCAACGUACGGCUACUGGAAAAGGAGAAACAACAGUUACAGCUGCAGUUGAACUGCGAGGAGAACGGAGUUCAUUCGAAGCGGGAAACGGAACUGGAGUCGGUACUGGAGCUGUGCUACGACAAGCAGAAGAAGGCUAACCAGAAUCUAAGGACAAAAAAGGAAGCACUUCGGGAGCUGGAGGGUCACAUCAAAAAGAUUCACCGGGAGAUUACGGAGAUUCGCAAAAACGAGGUUACCGAUAUCCGAUACAACGAGACGAUAGCGAAAGCUCAACGGUCGGUUAAAAAGCUGGAGAAUCGGUUGGAUGUAGUGAACAAGAAAGCGGGAGUGGCCAUGGCCGAGAAUACCCAGCUGAGACAAACGAUUGAUCACAUGUUGACGGAGAGGGCUACAUUCAACAUAAUGUGGGAUAAGUUGGUCAACAAGCUGAACGAAGGUAAACGAUACAUGAUGGACUUGAUCGAUCAAGCUUCGUCGGCAUACGAUACCAGAGAGGAGCUGUGCACGAAACUGCAGAUACUGAAGAUUAAAGGACAAAGUGAAAAGAUCGCUCACCUUCAGGAGAUGCGAGAACUGCAGCGAAAGUUAGAUCACGAUGCUAAGUUGCAAGAAUUUCUCGGUAUCAAAGGUCAAAGCCGAUCGAAUGCGGAGCUGGAGGAAAGGGAAGCACAGAAACGGCAGAAAAUGUUGGAGAAUUUAGAGAGGCAGUAUGCCGAGUACGAUCAGAUUAUGACACGGAUCAUGUCCUUCUCCGGGGAAGACGAUAUCGAUCGGCUGGUGGCCAAGUUUAUCAAAAAGGAGGAGGAAAACUUUGCUUUGUUCAACUAUGUGAACGAACUGAGUCAUGAAGUGGAGACACUGACGGAGAGCGUCCAGGUGCUGCAGGAUAAAAUCACCGAACAAAUCGCCAUCAACGAAUCGAAGGAACAUUCCCAGGAUGACAACAUUGACGCCUUACGUUUGGAAGAAAAGCAAAGUAUGGAAGCAGCCGACGCUGCGUUCGAAAUCAAGCAAGAAUCGGCUGUUAAACUGGACGAACUAUUACGGACGGCCGAACGAAUCUACAAGUUGCUGCACUGCGACGAAGCACCAAUUUUGAAUCUGCUGAACAACGAACGUCAGGUGACGCUGAACAAUGCUAAGCUCUUCCUGGGUAUAAUCGAGCGGCGUGUUGCUAACAUCAUCAGUAACGUGAACUAUGUCGAACCGACUACUAAGAUCCUGGGCAAGAAGGACCGGGUGCCUAACUUCAACGUGAAGGAUUCGGCCAAGGUUCGCAUCGAAAGGGGUUAAAGCUCGCUUCUGUGCUGUCAUUCUCGUGAGGCUAUUUCGACUACAGACUUCGACCAACUUACCAAAUAAAUUCAU